AGAUUCCUGAUCACUGGAGGGCUAUUUAGACAUAGCAAACAAAGCUUUAAUAUUUGGGAACAAGUUGUUUCUGACGAAGACAGCUACAGAAGUGGAUUGUGGUUGGUUGGUUGUGACAGCUCAGUAGGGCUCCCGAGAAAGAGUGAAAGAGCGUAAUACUGUGAGAAAACACUGUGGGGGCUGAACUAGCAACUGGUGUACAUAAAAACAAGCAGAGUCUGUGAGAGGUAUCAGUACAUGAGUUACUACUCUUGCAGAGAACAUUGACUUUCCACAGAAUUGUCGUCAAUACGAUCGAGACCAAAAAGUUAACUGCACAUUGCCAUUGCUCAAGGCAACAGUCGUUUAUUCAAGCAAGGACUUACGUCUGAAGUACAAAUCGUCUGGAUUUUACAGGCAAACUUAAAGAUGGAGAAUUCUACAUCAGGAACCACGGAAGACCCCAGAGUCUUGUUAAACUGCACUAGCUCUGGAAUGCAUAAUUACAUCUUUACUAUGAUCCCAAUUGUUUAUAGUUUCAUAUUUGUUGUUGGUGUUUUGGGGAACAGCAUGGUGGUGGCUGUAAUUUACUCCUACAUGAAAUUAAAAACAGUUGCUAAUGUCUUCAUGCUGAACCUGGCACUGGCUGACCUCACCUUUCUGAUCACCUUACCCCUGUGGGCCGCUUACACAGCACUGGGCUAUAACUGGCAUUUUGGAGGAUUCCUAUGCAAACUGAGCACCGGUUUGGUAACCUUCAAUCUAUAUGCCACGAUAUUCCUUCUAACCAGCCUCAGCAUUGACCGUUACCUAGCCAUAGUCCAUCCAGUGAGGUCACGCCCAAGACGUACAUUGGUCUAUUCCCGCAUCACCUGCAUCAUCAUCUGGGUCUUUGCUUUUGUACUGAGUGUGCCUACAAUGUGUUUCCGUGAUGUCAUCUUAAUUGCUAACCCUAACAUAUCUGUGUGUGCUUUUUUAUACAAGGAUGCCAACUUGAAUAGAUUUCUGGUUGGGAUGGGCUUCGUGAAAAGCAUUUUGGGAUUUCUCAUUCCUUUUGUGAUCAUUAUCACCUGCUACUGUCUGAUUGGCAAGACCCUGCUGGGUGCCUACCAGGUCCAAAAAAGCAAGGCCCGAAAUGACGAAGUUCUGAAAAUGCUCGCAGCAGUAGUGGCUUCCUUUUUCGUUUGCUGGGUUCCGCAUCAAAUAUUUCACUUUAUGGACAUACUUGUUCAAUUGAAAGUAAUAAAGACCUGUAAGUUAAUCGACAUUGUUGAUACAGCUUUGCCUUUUACAAUCUGCAUAGCGUAUUUUAACAGCUGUCUGAACCCCAUCCUUUACGGGUUUGUGGGAAAACAUUUUAGGAAGAAAUUAUUACAGCUCCUCAAAUGCACCUCCCCUUUAAAAGCCCAUCCAAGUCUUUCUACCAAAAUGAGUUCCCUUUCAUAUCGGGGAUCAGAAAAUGUGCACUUAACAGCUAACAAGUCCAUUACCUUGUGUGAUGUUAGAUAAGCACACAAGCAAAUGGUACUGCACUAAAAAAAACAAUAUCAUCAUAUUCUAUGCCAUUUAUAAAAGAUGUUUUUUCUUAAAACAGCAUAAUCUUAAAAUAACUUAUGUUAUUUUGCAAUCUAUUCAAAAUAAAUGAAACAUCUGCACUCAUGAUUAGUCUCAUCACAGGUGCGUCGGAGACCGCAUAACAGAAUGAAAAAUAGAACCUUCCCGCACACUGUAUUUUGCCAAAACUCACUUUUUUUGUUCUUUAAAAAAAAAUAGAAGCUAACGUUUCACCCGUAAGACAUUAGCUUCUAUUUUCUUUUAAAGAAUAAAAAAGUGAGAUUUGGCAAAAUACAGUGUGCAGGAGUUUUCUUUUUUUUCUCUCUCUCUUUUUUUACAAUCUAUUCAUAAAAAUCCCUUAAAUUGUAGAUGACGUUAAUCCAUCUUAAACCAUAUCAUUCACUGUAGAUGGCUGAAAUGGUCUAAAACUACUACGACGAUCUCAAGUAUAGUAUUUUGCCUAGUCCAUCUUUAGGAUUAUGAUUACGCUAUUAAGUCCACACUAUCUUAAAACGAUAAAGGUCACUCUGACUGUUAGCUAAGCAGCUAAAUAAACUUUUAUUCGGUUUCACAGGAGAUACUUCUAGUAUGUUGCUUAUGUUAGAGCAUACAGCUAUGGCCAAAAGCUUUGCAUCACCCUAUAGAAUUAACAAAUUUUGCUUCAUAAAGUCGAAUGAAACCUGCUGAAUAAUGUUGCAUUAACAUAUUGAAUUACAUACCGCUUUGUAGUUUUACAUAUACUUUAGAAAAACUGACACAAAUUGAAAGAUUUGACAUUUCGAAAUCCAACGUGAAAUACUCUACUACUAUUAUGGCUUCCGGUAGACUUUCGCAAUAUCAUUUUGUAGUGUCUUUGGUUACAUGAUGAUAAUUAAGAAGUUUUGGCCUUAACUGUAAUAUCUUGCUACAGUAUGUAGGGGUGAGGUGAAAAAAUGUAUCUUGCCCACUAAUAAACAGAUAUCAACCAUUUUCUGUGUUUUUUUUUUUUUUUUUUAUUCCACUCUCCUCGAAUGAGGCUUUACAGUACAUACAGUAGAUGAGAUUUUGAGUUCUCAACUGGUCAUCCUUUGCAGACAGACAUGGUUUCAAAUGACAUGUGAUUUAAACUCUCUGUGCUUCGUGUAAUACUCAUAAUAUUAUAGUUUACUAAAUAAUGAUUAUUGGUGUAUUGUAUGUAUAUAAAUAUAUUGUACUUUUAUACAUGGUAUUCAUAUAAUCUGCUUGCCACUUUAUAUAUAAUAUAUGAUUAUUAUUCUAAAUUCCCAAAAAGCAGCUAGGCUUGUUAGCGAUGUUGCUAAUGUUGAAAUAAAGAGGGAAAUAGUCACCAGUAAUACAAUUCAGGGAUGCUAAACAACUGCUUUGUCAAAAACAGGCCUUCACUGGGCCACAGAACGCUAUUAGGUACCACAGUCCAAACUGGGCUUUUAUUGGGGAUGGGCUAUUAUUACAAACAUUACGGUAUAACUAAACCUGCUUUUAUGUAAAUGUACUGUAUUGGGGGAACAUGUGCUUAGAACCAGAAUGCUAAAACAAACUUUUAGACUGUAUCCUGUUUUGUACAUAAAUAAUAUAUUGUAUGCACAGCACUGUGUUGUACUGUUAAUAAAAUGUAUUUUUAAGGCUGGCUGUAAAUUAAAUGUGCAUAACUAUUUGGUUAAACAAAAAAGCUAGAUAAGUGUAAGACUUGCAGUCAUUAAUCCCAGCUGUGUGAUUUGAAAUGUUAGUGUAUGUAUAUUGUUAGCAGGGUGAUACAAAGGAAACCUGACCUGCUGUCCUUACAUACAGCAUAUUGGGAUUCAGAUACUGGGCUGUAAGUCAUCAUUACAGUUUAAUGCUGGCUGAAAGCAUUCUUCACAAUCAGUGGAAAACAGACCAAUGUAAAUGUCCUUUAGAUACUUGCAAAAUAAAGGGGAUUUAUCUGCACUUGGGUAUAUGAUAACGCUACUGCACUGCAAAACAAAAACCUUUGUAAUGCAUAUUAAACAGACAUGGCAAACCAGGGUAAGCUUGGUAAAUGCUUAGUAUAACCAUGGGGAAAAGCUUGAUAAAAGUGGAAAAAUACAGUUACCUGACCCCAUUGUGUGCACCCAGACAUUGUGACGCUAUAGAUAAAUGUUAUUUAAUGUCAGUGUAGGGUUGCUAUCCCAGCAGGUAGAGCCCCACUAGACAGCUAUCAGCCAGGACGGUCUGGCUGUGUGCUCUGCUGCCUUUGAUGGUAUUUUUACUGUAAUGAAUGUUCUCUCUUUGUUGUGCUUCUGUAUUUAUUGUGUAUGUCAAUAAAGUAUUACAAUAUUU